AUGCAGCGGCCGGGGGAGCCGGGCGCUGCGCGCUUCGGGCCGCCCGAAGGCUGCGUCGACCACAGGCCGCACCGCUACCGCAGCUUCAUGAUCGAGGAGAUCCUCACUGAGCCGCCAGGGCCCAAGGGCGCCGCGCCCGCCGCCGCCGCUGCAGCCGCCGCGGGCGAGCUGCUCAAGUUCGGCGUGCAAGCGCUGCUGGCCGCGCGGCCCUUCCACAGCCACCUGGCCGUUUUGAAGGCUGAGCAGGCGGCGGUGUUUAAGUUCCCGCUGGCGCCGCUGAGCUGUUCCGGGCUGGGCUCAGCGCUGUUGGCGGCAGGGCCUGGGCUGCCCAGCGUUACAGGCACCCCGCACCUGCCCCUGGAGCUGCAGCUCCGCGGGAAACUGGAGGCCCCGGGCAGCGGGGAGCCGGGCACCAAGGCCAAGAAGGGGCGUCGGAGCCGCACUGUGUUCACCGAGCUGCAGUUGAUGGGUCUAGAGAAACGCUUCGAGAAGCAGAAGUACCUCUCCACGCCAGACAGAAUAGAUCUCGCUGAGUCCCUGGGCCUGAGCCAGUUGCAGGUGAAGACUUGGUACCAGAAUCGGAGGAUGAAGUGGAAGAAAAUAGUGCUGCAGGGUGGAGGCCUGGAGUCCCCCACCAAACCCAAGGGGCGGCCCAAGAAGAACUCCAUCCCCACCAGCGAGCAGCUCACGGAGCAGGAACGCGCCAAGGAAGCGGAGAAGCCGGCGGAGGCGCCGGGCGAGGCCAGCGACAAGGGCCGCGAAGACUGA